GGUGGGCAGUCCCGCAGCGCGCUCGCGACCCUGCUGCCACACGCUAACCGCUUCCGGUUAGAGCACCCUCUCAAUUUGCCGGUGUCGCCUGGAUGUGUGUGACAACGAUUUGUCACAGCUCUACUCUCGAACCAGCUAACGUAUGGAUUCGUUUGUGUUUAAAAUUCUAACGACAGCGGUGGUUCUUCGCGCAGCUAGUGGAGGAGGCAUACCGACAUUCGCAGGUCCAUGGAACGUAUGGAUUGAGAGGUUCACCACAUGCAGUGAGGAUGACAAAAGGAUAUCCCUUAAGAUUUCUCACUUCAACCCCAGUAAAAAGUUCGAAAACCAGGUGUGGAAUGGAUUUAUUAACUUUACAGAAGAAAUGGAUGACACAUGGUGGUCUAAAGGUGUGCUGGACGUUCGCAGCAACAACCAGUGGAAAGAAAAUGCCUUUGUAUUCUUCUUCCCGAAGAACGGCUGCAGUAGCGCUCGCGAGAUCUUAACGGAGAUGUUCUCUAAGUACUUUGGCAAGAAAGGGACGCCAUGUCGCCUUGUAAAGAGAUGUAUUUACUUUGAGAAUACCACAGUGGCCCACGAGUAUCCGCGCUUUCCUAUAAUGCCAUAUGGCUACUACCGUUUCAAGAUUACGGCUGGGGUAACUGGCGCAAAAGAACCAGAGUAUUGCUUCAGAAUGUUAUGUCAUAUUAUUCCUAAAAUCGGAUCAUAA